AUGAACAACAUCAGCAACCAAUACAACCGCAACGACACAAUAGCAAGGAUAGAGUUUAUGGCCUCUUUCAAGGCUUCAUAUGACGGUUCUUAUCCUGUAAUGUCAUGGGGUAAUUAUGGGUGGGGGCUGAGUUCCAGACGAAACUCAAGAUCAGGACAAUAUACGGAUGGCGGCCAACCCUUGAGUAAUGUAAUUCCCCUGACCAAAUAG